CACACUACUUGUAACAGCUAAAAAUAAAAUGACAACAACAAAAAAAAGGCAACCAACUUCUACCGACUCCUUUAUUAAGCGUAUUGAUAAAAGAAUUAAUCCAGUCAUACCGUCUUAUAAUCCAAUUACACCUGGUAAUUCAGAAGAUUGGAAGGAAAAAUGGAAGAACUACAAUCUAGAAUUGCACAAAAAGAUAGCACAAGAAAAAUUAAUUUGA